AGCACCGGGGCAGCUCCCCUCCGCCACCCUCGCCGACGAACUUCGCCAGGCCGAGCUUCCCCUCCCGCCACCCCGCAACCGCCGGCGGGGCGUCCCCGCUCGGAAAAGUUCUCCUCGGCCUCUCGCUUCACGUCCCGCAGCCGCAGAAAGGGGGGACGGAGUCCCGGCACGACCGCCCCGGCCCCCCGCUUCCCCCCCCCGCCCCGCAACGGGCGAGCCCCGGCGGCUUCUCCUCGCCCGGCCCCCGCCGGGGCGGGCGGCGAGCGGGGAGGUGCCGCGAUCCGGUCCCGCCCCGUCCCCGUCCCCCUGUCCCGGGCCGGGCAGCGGCGAGGGGAGAGCGGGAAGGAGCCAUGUCUCACGGGGGGCGAGUGAUCCGCACCGGGGUGAGCAGCGGGGGGCCCGCGGCCCCACCGGCCGCCAGCGCCUCCUCCUCGGCGGGCUCGGACGCGGAGCUGAUGGACGGCGCUUAUUUCCGCUCCUGCGCCGGCAUGCUGAAGGUGGCCCAGAUGAUCUCACUGCUGGUUGGAUUCAUCAGUGUAAAUAGUUCUCCAUGGACAGAUUACAGUGCAUACAGCUACUUUCAGAUUGUCACCAUGUGCGACUUGGUUAUGAUUUUCUUCUUCUACAUUAUCCACAUUUUUAGAAUCUACAGGAAGCUCACUUGCGUUAGCUGGCCACUUGCGGAGUUUCUUCAUUAUUUAAUCGGUACAAUUCUGCUUCUCAUUGCAUCAAUUGUAGCAGCAUCCAAGAGUUACAAUUUGACCGGACUUGUGGCUGGAGCGACUUUCGGGUUCCUAGCUACAAUCCUUUGUGUUUUAAGCAUAUGGUCAUCCUACAAGGUUUCGUGCAUCACGCAGUCAACAAAUGCCUCCGUAUGACUCCUUCAUCUCUGCAAGACGUCUGCCUUACAAAAUAGGAUACCAAAGAGGAGUGUCCACUACUGAGGAGAGAGCAUGGGUAUUUCCUUACUAGCCUGGACAGCCGGUAGCUUUUGAAGAUCUACUAGAAUGCCUAUGCAAAACAAUGUUGUGAACCAAAGUUUUUCCCCCCAACUUCUACCCACCCCAAAGAAGUUUAUAAUGGAGAACCUGCUUUUUAUGAGCUUUACAGAGAAAGACAACUUCUGUCUCACAAGCUGGGCUGUGGUCACUUCCAGCUAUUCGCAAUAAGUGCAUUUGAAACUCAUUUGGAGAGUCAUUUGGUUUUCCUUUCAGAGGGAUGGAAAAAUUGCUUCUGAUUUCUUCCACCUGUUUACAGAAGGGAAAUCCUGAAAAUUCCUACCUGAUUCUUAACGUCUAAGGAUGAUUUGUUUAAUGAAGGAACUCUUACAGACUGAUUUGUGCCUGAAUAAGCUGACCCAAGUCUUUGUUACACCUCCUUCUGUCAAAACUGUGGACUUUUUCCAGUGCUCAGUGAGCAUCAAACAUUAUGAAAUGCAACUGAAUACAUCACUGCAAAUGCUCCCUCCUAGCCCCAACAGUACAUGAUGAAGUCAGGUUUUUCUCCAUGAAUUUUUACAGGUCAUCGACAAUCAAAGAUUAUUCUUAAAAACUUCCCUCUGCCAAAUACAGAAAAAUACAUACCCAAGAAUAUGUGUUUAAUGUUUUGUGGGUUCUCUCUUUUUUUUUUUUUUUCUGUUCACAAAUAUUCAUUUGUAAAAUGGGUAUUUAUAAGACCUGUUCUGUAGAAAAUUUCUGUGCACUUCCUAUAAAUUAUUCUCUUUGGAGUCUAGCAGUGUUUCUGGAAAGCCCUUUGUGAAUGAAGCAAUGUGCUCUCUCUCAAGUGCAGUUUGUCCCUUCCUCUGCCUCUGCAAGGAUCCAUGCUUUCGGAGACUCUGCCCAGACCCUGGACAGGCAGAACAGUUCAGUUUUGUCCAACCUGGUAUUGUCAUGAAGUUCUGUGUAACUGCAAGGCUGAGGCAAUGCCUUCUUGGCACCUUUGUCCUUCUCUCCUUUUGCAGUCCAUCUCUGGUGAGCUGGAAAUUCUUUGCAGGAAAAAGGGAAGCGCAGGCCCCUUCUCCUCGGGGCUUCCUCUUUCAUGUCUAGCUGUGAAGUAGAACUUGUGCUUAUAAGUUCAUCUCUUCUGUCAGGACAACUGCAUGAUGGUGCAGCAGGUUUAUGCAAAAAGUAGGAUUUAUACAGUUUACCAGGUCUACUCUGGAGGAAAAAGGCAUCUUCUGCCCUGAUAUGCAUUUUUCCACUUGUCUGAAAUUCUGCAUCAAUACUGCUAAGUAAUUUAAUGGUCCUCUCAGAAAAUUCUUGUGCCUCAUAGCAGGUCACCAUACAUUGCCAUUUGUUGCCACCUUAUUUCUCUCAUCCUAAUAUAUGUAUUUUUACUUUGAUUUUUUUUUUUUUUUUUUUUACUAUUUGACAAGAGAAAUUGUCCAACUCCUAACGUGUCAAAAAUUUUGAGUAAGUAAAUGAAAAUAACCGAGCAGAUAACCUGGGAAGGUAGAAGUCCCCUCCCUCACAGCGCACAGUUCCUGUGAUUCUUCUCGCUGUUCCUUUUCAUAAGUGCUCUGUUUACAGCAACAUAGAGCAGGAAACGAUUUGAAAGUGCAAAAAUCUGCUGUUUGUAGGUGAAGAUACAUAUAUUCACUCCAAGAUAAACUGCUUUGACAUUACUAUGGAGGAUUAUUCAAAUAAAACUAUAUAACAGGCAGUUAGAAUGCUAUUAAUUUCAUACUAUUUUUUAUUUCUUUACACUGUCCCACUUUGGCCUGCUUUUCUGCAAGCUUUAACCCCUCUUAGGAAUCCCGUGGGAAACCAGUGUUCUGCUGCAGAUAGUGUGAAUGCAGCUGAGGCCUCAGCGCCGAUGCAGCAGUGGGGAGAAGCACCUGCUAAAGAUUGGGGCUGGAGCCUGAGCUUGCUCUGAAGAAAAGGCUCUUUCCACUCUCUGCUGGAAUCGUGCCCUUUCUCCUGGCACUAAGCUAGCAUCUUUUUUUUCAGCUUCCCACAUCACUCUGUCACUCGUCACCAUGUGGAGAAAAAAAAAAAAAUUAGGGGGGAUUUCAUGCGGUCUGACAACCAAAGAAUUUCUGAACUAUGCUCUGUGAUCAUCCAAAGAAUAUGUUUUGCUGCAAGUGCACGUGUUUAUGCUGGAUCAGGAGAAGUAAAUGACAAGUUCCCUUUUGGUUUUUGUGCCUCUCGACAGGGCUGAGGUGUGCCUGCAGCUUUGGCUGUUACGACAGUGCUGGGUCCCUAGACCUAUCACAUGCUCUUAAUGCAGGAUGCUUUCAGGCUGGAAAACUGACACUGCUGCUGCCAAAGCUUCCUCGCUUCCCGCAAAUCCUCCUUGUGAAACAUGUCUAUCAAGAAAAGCACAGAUUUUGCUGGUAUCACCAGCUCUGUCUGGCAGGGACUGUGGCACCUCGCUACUGUAUCUCUGCCAGCAAAAGUGUUUUAAGUUUCCUCCCGUGUCAGCCUGGUUCUGAAAGCUCCAUCUUUCUGCAACUUUGUCAAAUAUGGGAUUCCAGGUGUUUUAGAAAUAAACUAUGCUCGCUAUUUGGGUGAUGUAACUGCUUUGAGAA